AUGUCAAACGGAAUGACUACUGAGGAGAGAAGGUUACUUCAGAACAAAAACAAAGAGAAGUACUGGUUGAAAUGGGGUCCGUAUCUAUCAGAGAGAAGUUGGGCUACUGUUAAAGAGGAUUAUUCCCAUGAUGGUGACGCUUGGUCGUUUUUCCCCUUCGAACAUGCUAAUAGUAGAGUAUUCAGAUGGGGCGAAGAUGGGUUGUUUGGUGUUUCUGAUAACAGACAGCUUAUCUGUUGUAACGUUGCGGUUUGGAACGGCAAGGAUUCAAUCUUAAAGGAAAGAAUGUACGGACUCACUAGUCAUCAGGGGAACCAUGGUGAAGAUGGUAAAGAAUUGUACUAUUAUGUGGAUAAUUUACCUUCGCAUGCUUAUAUGAAGGCUAUUUAUAAAUACCCUUUCAAUAAACCUUACCCCUAUGAGGAAUUGGUAGCUAGGAAUUCGGAAUUGGGAUUCGAAGAUCAAGAAUUCGAGAUUUACGAAAUCGAUGGUUUGUUUAAGGAAAAGGACACUGGAGAUACCCCAUAUUUCGAUAUCGUGUAUGAAAUGGCCAAGGAUGACGAUAAUCCUAACGAUUUGAGUUUUAGAAUCACAGCUUAUAAUCGUAGUACCUCGAAGACAGGGGAAUUAUAUAUUUCACCACAAGUGUUUUUCAGAAAUACUUGGUCCUGGAACGAAACCGAUCGUGUUAAGCCUCAUCUAGAGAAAUCUGGUAAUAACUUUGUUACUUUGUCCACAGAGAAAUAUGGGACCACUUACGCGAUUUUUGCCCCUUCACCGGGUGAGUUUGACGACGGAGAAGAUGAUCAUCCGACUACAGUUGCUACUAAUGGUGUUGAUGACGAUCAAGGUAUCCUAGAUGUGGAACCGGAGUUGUUGUUCACAGAAAACGAAUCGAAUUGGAAGAAAUUGUUUGAUUCAAAGGAAAACCCCACCCCUUAUACCAAGGAUGCCUUCAACGAAUAUAUCGUCAAUAAGGAUACCGAGGCAGUAAAUCCGAAGAAUGAAGGUACCAAGGCAUGUGGUGUUUACCACUUUCCCAAGGUUCCCCCUGGUGAAUACGUCACUGUAAGAUAUAAGUUGACUGAUACCAGGUUACCGAUGUUCGAAGAUGAAAUGGUUAUCGACGAAGAUGACUUUGACAGUCUUUUCGAUAGGCGUGAACAGGAAGCGGAUAACUUCUACUGGAGAGUCACUCCGGCUCCGAUCCCAGAAUCUCUGAGAGCGGUGCAAAGACAAGCUUUUGCCGGAUUGCUUUGGUCAAAACAAUUCUAUCAUUUCGUGCAAGACGAAUGGUACUGCGGUGAUCCACUGCAAAAGCCUCCUCCACCAAAGAACCGUGCAAAUGGGAGAAACAAGGAUUGGAAACAUAUGUAUGCUGAAGAUAUAUUAUCCUUGCCAGAUAAGUGGGAAUAUCCAUUCUUUGCUUCUUGGGACACCGCGUUUCAUUGUAUCCCAUUAGCUAUGAUAGACCCUGAAUUUGCAAAGAAACAAUUGGAUAUUUUUACGAGAGAAUGGUACAUGCAUCCUAACGGACAAAUUCCUGCUUAUGAAUGGAAUUUUAGUGAUGUAAAUCCUCCAGUUCAUGCAUGGGCUGUGUACCGUGUUUUCAAGAUUGAAAGAAAUAUGUAUGGCCGUGAGGAUAGAGUGUUCUUGGAAAGAGUAUUCCAAAAACUUUUGUUGAACUUCACAUGGUGGGUUAACCGCAAAGAUCAUGACGGUAACAACGUCUUUGAAGGUGGAUUUUUAGGAUUGGAUAAUAUUGGUAUCUUCAAUAGAUCAGAACCUUUGCCAACAGGUGGAACAUUGGAACAGGCAGACUCGACUGGUUGGAUGGCAUUCUUCUCAUUGCAAAUGUUAAAUAUCGCAUUAGAACUUGCAAAGGAAAAUCCUGUCUAUGAAGACAUUGCCACUAAGUUUUUCGAACACUUUUUGUACAUCAGUGAUUCUAUGUCCUUCAAAUUCGAAAAGAAUAGUGCAGACAACUUCAAAGAGGAAGUCAAAGAAAGUUUGUGGAAUGAAGAAGACCAAUUCUAUUACGAUGCCAUUUCUUGGGGUGAACCAUUUAAGCAACAACUACCAAUCAGGUCUCUCGUUGGUUUAAUUCCAUUGUAUGCUUGUAUGACUUUGGAACCGAGAAUCUUAGAUAAGUUCCCUGGCUUUAAGAAACGUAUUGACUGGUUCCUUUCCAAUAGAAGUGCCAUGUUUGAUAGAAAUAUUGCUUCUAUGGAAAAAAGAGGUAUCGGUGAGAGACUUCUAUUAGCUCUUGUUAAUGAAGAUCGGUUAAAAGCCAUCUUAUCUAGGAUGCUCGAUGAAACUGAGUUCUUAUCCGAUUACGGUAUAAGAUCUCUAUCUAAAUACCAUGAAACCCACCCAUUCUCUAUGUCCGUUAACGGUGAACAAUACGAAGUCAAAUAUUUACCAGGUGAAUCAAACUCAGGUAUGUUUGGUGGUAACUCCAAUUGGAGAGGGCCUGUUUGGUUCCCUACAAAUUUCUUGCUUGUCGAGUCAUUGCAAAGGUUUUUUUUGUACUAUGGUCCUGACUUCAAAGUCGAGUGUCCAACGGGGUCUGGCGAGUUCCUAAACUUGGCCCAAGUGGCAGAAGAACUUCAGCAUAGAUUAAUUCAUUUAUUCAUCCCCGAUGCCGAAGGCCAAAGAGCUGUAUAUCAUGGUGAAUACAGUGAGUUUUUGUCUAAGGAUCCUAAUUUCGAGGAACUAAUUCCUUUCUAUGAAUAUUUCGACGGUGAUACUGGUAGGGGCUUGGGUGCAAGCCAUCAGUGUGGCUGGACUGCGCUAGUGGCUAAAUGGAUUCAUGACACAGGUUUAUCAUGUGUCAGGUUGCCUAGAACUCCUAGAUCAUCUGUCACUCUGUCCAAUUUAGACAAAACUCAAGUCGAUUCAUUGUUAAACGAAUUAAAGCCUAACAUGCCACGUAAAAUUGCAAGGCGUAAGAGUUCCAAGUCGUUAAUUAACUUAACAGCUACGCAACUUGAGUUGACAGAAGAGGAGAAAUAUCUACAUUGUAUUGGUAGCACAAGACGUGAAUCUGCAAAACUUGCUCAGCGCUCCGGAAGCAUCAUCAGUAGCGAAGAAGACGAUGAAGAAGGUGUGACCUUCGAGAAACUGAAACAGAACCAGUUAGCCGAAGAAGAAUCACGUCUAGUAAAUGAAUUAAGGAGGCGUCUAUCUCAUACCACUAUCAAUUCAGCUGAUGAAGAUGAAUUAGAAUGUCUUCCAUGA